GCGAUUUCUUGGAUUGCGUUCGGGAAUCAGGAUGAAGGUAUGGAUGGUGAAACCGACAUUCAAUACAGCUUGUAGUAUGACCAUUAUCAUUCUACUCAUGUGUCGUAAAAGAAGGUGACUUGCAGACUCUGCCCCAAACCGCGAAGGACGUCUUCUUCGGUGCACUCUCGUUCAACAUUGUACAUUAUACCUUUUGGCCCCAGAAAGCAUCAGCCGGACUCCAAAACUAUAUCAUCUGGGCCCUGGAUUCAUUUGCCACGCUCCUCGACCUUCUCAUGCGACUUGCUUGAUUCCAGACUCGGAACCGGCUGCCUCGCAAAGUCAUCUACAACGUGCAGUGAGCGACCACCAAGCUAGUUUUACAAGCUUGAAGAAGGGCUUAGUGGAAUCGCGCGGCGAAUGGUUGCUAGGUGGCUCGGAAGCCGCAGAGGCGUACGAGGAUGCUGUUGGUUGUAUGAACCGACUCGCGCAGCAUUUGAACGGGUUGCGAAGUGGGACGCGCUUACAUGCAGAACUUGCUCAGGCCGCGCGUGAUGGAAAAGUUGUCCUCGUGCACUUGACGCUCUCCAGAGGAAUGGGCUCGAUGGGACUGCUCAGACACAUGUACAUAGCAAAGACGCGACAAUCUUCGGCGAGCUGAUCGAUGAUAUAGGUCCUCCACUCAAGGCACUCUCUGCGUCUUCUACGAGCACUCUCCACCGCCUUUGGAAAUCCUUCGUCAAACGUCGAGAUGCACGGGAAGGCGACAUCCAGAAGAUCUUCCAGCUAACGGAGGUUAUCCAACGGGCACUGUUUACCUUCCAGAGCACAUCUAACCAGGCUCUUAUGCGUGUAUACCGACGAAGUGAUCUGAUGGUAUCUGAGUCUUUCAAAUCAGCGGAGGAGUCGAUUCCUAUGUCGAAUAGUGGGUCGAGUGCGGCUGGGCAUGACAACCCAGUGCCAGAAAACGAGUUGCUAUUGCGCUCGGGUGCGGAUGAAACUGUCUUCCUGGUUUAUUACUUUAUCUUCACUCUACAAGAAUUCGCAAGAGAGUUGACAGUUCUUACAGAAGUCAUGUGUCGGAUUUACGAGAUUGAACGGGUUGCGACGGAACAGCAUUGGGCGAAACGACUUAUACGGUUCUUUUAUUUUGAGAAUAUGAAGGAAGGGUUGAUUGGGUUCCCAGCGACUAUGAAUAUAAAUAGGAAGAAUCAGAGGAGGCCGACGUUGUCAAAGCUAUUCAUGCGGCUGCACGCACUGAAUACCGUCCUCACUCCCGGUCGCGAGCAAUUGAGUUUUCAGGGUCAUAUGGGCCAAUCGAUAUGGCGAUUUAACGAGAAGAUGGAGGAUAAUAAUGUUAAGUCCGCGAUUAAGGCUAGGAUUGCGAUUGCGCUGGUUGGGGUUCCGGCUUUCUUUGAUUCAACUCGUCCGAAUUUUAUGAAAUAUUGGGGAGAGUGGACGUUGAUUUCGUUCUUUAUUGUUAUAUCGCCAACUAUUGGAACGACAAAUUUCUUCAGUCUGCACCGGUUGCUUGGAACGUUAUACGGAGCUAGUUCGGCUGUUGCGAUAUUCUUGCUCUUCCCAGAAAACCCCGUUGUACUGUCAAUAUUUGGGUUCUUUUACGCUAUUCUGUGCUUUUAUUAUAUUAUUGCAAAACCACAAUAUGCGAGUGCGGGACGCUAUAAUAUCUGCCAAAGGGACAUUUCUGUUGUGGACAUCGCGUAUUACCGGUCUAUUUCUGCUGGUGCUGUUGUAAUAUAUGCUGUUAUUGUGUCCCGUUUAUGGGAGCCGGCAGAAGCGCGUAGAGAAGUUAGCAAAGCACUAAAAAGGUUCUGUCUAAACCUUGGAUGGUUGUACACUCACCUCGUCGCGACCAGUUCUAGGAUUUUCGUUCGAUUAAAUUCUCCACAUGUGGAUAUUCACGAUGAAACGAGGAAUGUGGUGAAUGCUAUCGAGCGGGACUUGCAUAUGACUCCUUACAAUGGCAACGGCGAUGGAAAUGGAAUCCCGAUUGAGACGUCGCAGCUGUUGUCUGUGAAGCUUAAUAGCUCGGUUCAGAAUUUCAUGACUAUAAGACACUUUCCUAUUGCGAUGUAUUGCUCUAUCUUGACGAGUCUCCAGACGAUUUUGGACAGUUUGCAUAGCAUGUGUUGUGUUACUACAAGAGAGGGGUGGUGA